GAUCGAUGCAGGCUUGCCAGCCAGAAGGAUUGAGCCUGACAGGAAUGAAACUUGCUCCUGUCAGAGCAGGCCUGGAGCAGAGCCAGCCCCCAAAGUCACAGAUCAGACUUAAAUUCCUUAAAGAUGGCAUGGAAGACCAGCAGCCUAAUGCAAAUGUGCAGAUUUCUUCUCUUAGUGAUUUUAUUUCUGCCACGUGAGAUGACAAGUUCUGUUUUAACUGUGAAUGGUAAAACUGAAAACUAUAUUCUGGACACCGAGCCUGGCCUCCAAGAAUCUCUAAGAUGUGCUGUUCAAAACCACACCAGAGAAGAAGAACUUCUCUGGUACCGUGAAAACGGGAAAGUGGAUUUGAAAUCUGGAAACAAAAUCAACUCCAGCUCUGUCUGUGUCUCUUCCAUCAGUGAAAAUGACAAUGGCAUCUCCUUCACCUGCAGGCUGCAGAGGAAUCAGUCGAUGUCCAUCUCAGUGGUGCUGAAUGUCACUUUUCCUCCUAUCCUCAGCGGAAAUGACUUCCAAACAGCGGAGGAAGGCAGUGAUGUGAAGUUGGUUUGCAAUGUGAAAUCCAACCCCCAGGCUCACAUGAUGUGGUACAAAAACAGUAGCAUCUUGAAUUUAGAGAAAAACCACCACCAAAUCCAACAGACAAGUGAGUAUCUUCAACUGUCAAUCACCAAAGUCAAGAAAUCUGACAACGGAACCUACAGCUGUAUGGCAAGUUCACUUUUGGAAAAGAGGACCAAGGACUUUCACCUUAUUGUCAAAGAUAAAUCUACGACUGUACCAAUAGAACCCAUUAUUGCUGCAUGUGUUGUGGUCUUUCUGACUUUGUUAUUUGGACUGAUUGCCAGAAGAAAAAGACUAAUGAAGCUCUGCAUAAAGGAUAAAAAUCCUCAAAGCAGAACAGCUCUAUGAGACAGCCAAGAUGCCAUCUAAUAUAGCAAGAGUUUUGCAUCAGGACCUCCUUGAUUUAUGUAGUCCCAUCUGUAUUUAUUGCUAUUAUUAAAUUCAUUCCUGUCAAAUUGUCAAA